CGCAAAACCACAGAACAAUUCUUCUAGGCGGGGCGCCUAAUACUCAGCAUCAUUGUCCCUUGUCUAUACUUCUACACCCCAUUGUCUAUCUAUCUAUCCACCACACUGUUUUCACAUAUAAUAUAUAGUAUAGACCAUACCAUGUUAUCCGCCGAGGCCAUCAUCGCCCUGGUGACCCUAUUGGUAACCUGCCCGCCGUCCAUCCUCGUGGUUUGGAAAUGUUUCCGUGGUCCACAAUUCACCUUCACCGAUAUUGAACUUGGAGUCCGACCGACGCUUCCUACGUUAUCUCCUCAUUAUCAGUACAAUACUAUAAUACUGCAAUUCCCAUCUACAACUCCAAUGGUCUCUAGUCGACAUAUUUACCAUUAUUCUUCGGCACUUGGAUAAAACACCCUUCUUCAAUUUGUACUAGCAUUCUCUGGUCACAACUUUGCUUUCAAGAUUCAAAAUCCAGUGGGCUUAUGUGUAAUAGAGUUUCGUUGAGCACUUUCUUCAACUUUUCUAUUUGCCUGCUUAAUAUGUUAGUUAGUCUAUAG